AAAAAGGCUAUCUAUUCACAUCUCUCAAGACAUAGCCUCUCUUCUUUCUCUCUCUUGUCUUUGCGUUUGCACCUUUCUCUCUUUUUAGAAAAGUCACUCUCUUCAGAUAAUUGUUUAAUCUCAUCUCAUAGAUCAUGUAGCAAAACCCUUUCGAUGUUCGAUCUUUCUCUUUCGAUGUUGGUAGACAAUGGUCGUGAGCUAUGAUAUUUAUCAUGAGUGGCAGCAGUGGUGUUGAUGAACAAUGGCGGUGGCACUGGCAAAGGAGCUGACGGACUAGGCGGGACAAGGUUUAAGUUGUUGGGGUAUGCUACACCUCCCACUACAGCUGUUUCGCGGAUGUGCGUUAUUGUGGAUGGCUCUUGGCUCUUUGUCGGUGACCAUAUUGGCUUGGCCUGGGUCUGUUUUGAUCCCGAUAAUCAGCAAGUUUACGAGGAAGUUAUUUUAGGACCUCCAAUGCUUUCUCCUCAACAAACCGAAGCGACUGCUGUUCUCAAGGCUCUGCGUUGGGCAUAUCAGUACGGCAUCACCAAUCUGCUUCUACAAACGGAUUGCUUAGUCCUGAUCCUGUUAUUCCAAAACAAUGCUCAAAACCAUGAUUGGAGUCUCCAAUCAUUUUGAUUGAUAUAUUGUUAUUGUAAACUUUUUCAUCAUGUUGUAUUAGAGAAGGUGGAGCGAGAUGUGGUUCAAGAUGCUCACCAUCUCGCCAGCUGCAAGAAACUCUGUUUAGCGUAAUAUAUUUAUGUUGCUGGG